GAUGGUUUUACUUCGUAGCAGCCCCUUGAGAGUUACGUGUUGUGGUUUCUGUGGGCACUAGAACGUGUCGUGUGGCGUUUUAAAGACCUGUCUUGCUGUUUUGUGUUUUAUUAACGCGACUGAACGAGCUGUACAAAAGCUGAGGAUGCAAAGUCUUCCUGAACCUCCCCCUCCUCUAAAAUGGGACUUCUCUGACAUUUUUUACAUUUUCUUUUAAACCUUCCAAGUCUUCACAGUUUUAACUCAUUUUAAAGACAAAGAGCAGAUCUGCAGCAAUGACAGUCAGUCACACCUCCUCUGCGCUCCUUCUAAUUUUCAUAACAGCAUGCAGCCAUUUUGAGCCUGCUGCCUGUUUUACCCAGUGCGGCCGCGGCUCUCAGGUCAUCGACAGUAAAGUGGGAGAGAUCCGGAGUUCUGCGUACCACAGCUGGUCCUACCACUUUGGAGUCAUCUUUGACUGCUGGAUCAUCAAGGGCUUGGAGGAUGAGCCCAUUGUUCUCAGCUUUUCUCAGUUUUCUGCUGAGUGUGAGAAAGAACGACUGACCAUCAGAUCCUCGUCGGGAGGAGAGCAGCAUGUCCUCUGUGGCGACAAGCUGCCGCAGCCGAUGGAGUUCCCGGGAGGAAACAUUACCCUGGUGCACCAGUUUUAUCCCCACUCCUACCCCGUGUCUUCAUUUAUGCUAAACUUCGCCAGAGACUCGGGCUACUGUCCGUCGGAGACGUCGUUCCAGUGUCCCAGCGGCCGCUGCCUGCCUCUCUCCUGGCGAUGCAACGGGCAGGUGGAGUGCCUCAAUGAUGACCUCCAUUCAGACGAGGAGGACUGCGACGAUUACAUCGACUACCCGGAGCAGAGACCUUUGACCUACACAGACAGGAACACGGACCGGGACCCUGAGAAAGGCAGGACCGUCGACAAAGGCUGGGUGAGGUCGACGGAGCGGUACAUCUUCCCCGACGACUGGUCGCUCCUGAGGGAUUCGGGCCGGACCAGUCCGGAGCAGCCCACCCAGAAGGAGCUGGUCGCCACUCCCACCCCCAUCGAGUGGCCCUGCGGGGGGCUGCUUCAGACCUUCUAUGGCACCUUUUCCUCUCCGUCAUCUGAGGGUGGCAGGAUGCUGUGCGUCUGGACGCUGGACCCGCAGGACUCACGGCCGCUCAGGCUGGACCUGCAGCAGAUCGUGCUUGGCUCCUGGGACAGACUCACCGUCUACAACCGAGAGGGGGGCAAAGGAGACAUCAUCAAAAACAUCACCAGUGCGUUGAAUUACAAAUCUCUCAAAGUGGAGUCCCACACCGGCCUUAUGUCGCUGGUGUUCGAGAAGGCGGCCAGCUCCAUGGGGACUGGCUUCAAAGCCACGUUCCACGUGGGCAGCUACUGCCCGCCGUGGGAGAGCCGGUGUGGCGGCGCGGCGGGCGGCUGCUUCACCAAGGAGCAGCGCUGCGACGGGAAGUGGGACUGCCCCGAGACUGGCAAGGACGAGCAGGGCUGCAGGGGCUGCAGCGAGAACCAGUUCGCCUGCGGCCUGGCGAGUCAGAGAGCGCUGCCGCCCAGUCGCUACCCGGGAACGCCGGUGUGCUACCCGGUGACGGAGAGGUGCAACUACCAGCUGUACUGCACCGAUGGCAGCGACGAGAAGGACUGCAGCGUCUGCCAGCCCGGGACCUUUCAUUGCGACAGCAACAGGUGUGUGUUUGAGAGCUGGCGCUGCGACGGCCAGGUGGACUGUAAGGACGGCACGGACGAGCUCGACUGCACCGUCACGCUGCCCCGGAAGGUCAUCACCGCGGCAACGGUGGGCAGCCUCAUCUGCGGACUCCUGCUGGUCAUCGCCAUGGGCUGCACCUGCAAACUGUACUCGCUCCGGACCAGAGAGUACAGCAUGUUUGCUCCAAUAAGCCGCUUGGAAGCAGAGAUGAUCCAGCAGCAGGCUCCUCCGUCCUACGGCCAGCUGAUCGCCCAGGGCAUCAUCCCCCCGGUGGAGGACUUCCCCACAGAGAGUCCUAAUGAGACCUCGUCUCUGUCUUUGAGGGGAAUCCUGCAGCUCCUCCGCCAGGACGCCUCCAGUUCGCCGCACCGCAGGCGCCGGCCGCGCUUCGUCCGCCGCAUCGUUCGCCGCAUGAGGAGGUGGGGCCUCAUCCCCAGGACUUCCAGCAGACAGAACCAGACCUCCGGCUCCAACCAGCAGGAGGCGAACUCUGCCGCCCCUGGCCAGGAAGCGAGCCAGUCCGUCCUGGCGCGGUCGUCGCUGGCCGUGGAGGCCGUCAACCAGCCAGUGCCUCAGAAACUCGGCCUGCUGGCUCAGACUGAGCCGCAGCAGCAGCUUCAGGAGGAAGAGGCAUCUGCUCCCUUGCUUCCUCUCCCCCCUCCGCCCGUCUUCUCUGCCCCUCCCCCGCCGUACGCCCCCCCGGCUCCUCCACAGACCCCUCCGGUCGCCGUCCCGCCCAGCAGCCCCUCCCUGGCCUCCAUUUUCCAAACAAUAGGCCUGAGUAUCUCCCUCUUCAGACCCUCGCCCCCUUCCUCCUCGUCCUCCUCCACCAACUACAUGCCUCUUUCGGCCUCACCUUCCUUCUCCUCUUCCUCUUCAUCCUCCUCCUCAGACGACGAGGUGUUGCUCAUCCCGCUGUCUGAGGACAACACCUCAGAGGACGACGUUCCCAUGCUCACCUAACAUGACUUCCUCCUCGCGCCUCGUCUUUUCCUCCUCUUAACUACAACCCAGUCUUUCCACGUCUGUUUGACUCUGAGCACAGGAGCGCCCCCUAGCGAGACUCUUCCUCCCUGUGCACGUCCGGUGCCUUUUAAAAAUGUUCCCACUUGUUGACACUUUAAACCCAAUAUCGGACUGUUUUUGAGGACCUCCCUUAAAAAUGAAAAAUAAAAACGACGGCCAUAGCUUCCGUACGUGGAGACGAGUUAGUUUCGGAUGCACUUAGUUAAAUAAAGCUUGGCCUGCACAGAAGGAUUUCCCCCCUUAUCCAGCUACUGAGGCAGGCUACUGUCAGACUGAAUGAUGGCGUCUGUGUGACUGCAGCUGCGUGAAUGAGGUUGCAUUUUAGUCUUGCGGUAGACUGUGUGACUGCGUGAACUUCUGCCACUUGCAUCCAGUCUGUUAGCUGAAGAAAUAUUCGUCGUUUCCCCCUCCCUCUAAGUGCCUUUUGAGGAGUUUCCUGUAGACAGCUGAAGCGAAUCAAGACGUCCUGGAUUUUCGCACCGCACACAGAAACACGCGCGCAGGCUCGUAUUUGCUUCACGUGGAUGCACGUUAUCAUCGACACUUUAGCGGCUUUAUUGUAACUUAGAGAAGAAGAAGAAAAAAAUGUUUUGCAUGUGUACUAUUCUGCAAGCUGGCAAUAACUUUUCAAAACGUUGUUUUUAGUGCAAACCCGUCGAAGUGAACCCUUCCCACGUGGAUGAAUGUAACCGACGAAAAGGAAACGUUUUCAGCGACAAUCUCUUCGGUGCCUGACGUAGUGGCAGGUGUGUGUGUGUGUAAAGUGUGACGAAGAGGGCCCCGAAUCCUCUAGACGACCUCAGCAUCUUACAGGACUCGAUUGCUUUCUGACACAGGAGACUUGUGGCGUGCCAUCCGUGUUCUUAUCGUACAUUUUAAAGGUGUUUUAAUUCCAGAAAGCUCCAGAUCUUUGUUGUUGUUUUAUUGUUGUUUUUUUUCUCCCCGCCUCCUUUAAGUUCUUGUGUUUUAAUCUUUGCUUUGUUGAAUGUAUUAGGGUCCAUGUGGAGUAGCCAGAAGUUUUCAAAUUUGCAAUGUAUUUAGGUAAAUAAAAGAGAAAGUGGUUUUAUGAUUUAAUAAGGUCAACUUCACUGUAUAUAAGUAAAAAUGUGGCUGAGAUUAAACAAUUUGCACUUUUA